AGCAGAGCACCCCGUGUGACAAGCAGUGAAUACAGUGUGUCUGUCACUGUCUAGUCUCGGAAUCCCAGCUCCCCCGCCCGCCCGGCCCGGGCUCACAGGCUCCUCCUCUACCCCCAGCUCCGGCCUCCAGCUUCCUCUCCCGGCUCGGGCCUAGCUCAUUCCUUCCAUGUCUCCAUAGCCGUCCUCUCUGCGGCCUGCUCUCUUGUCCGGAGCCGGAGUUUGACUCAGCCCCUGCUGCCCGCCCCCCUCCCCAGGCCGGGGCUCCCGAAGUCUGUCGGUCAUGGAGUGAGCUGGAAAGAUGGCGGGCAGUGGAGAGAGCCGUUUAAUAGAAGCGCUGGAUAGAGUGCAGUCCAAGAAAGAUGGAGGCUUUAAGAAUAGCUGGACAUAUGACAAUUCAGAAGAAAAUGAAAUUGACGUUGAAAAAGACGAGGCGAAACUGCUCACUGUAGAGGAAAACGAUGGUGUUGACUUUCCUGAACACAGGUCCAGGCAUUUCCGGACUCUUGGAGACUCCGUUAGAACAUAUGAGAGGAGGGGAGGAACAUUGCAUCCGCGACAACUACGAGGCAAUGCAAUUGGAGCCAACAUGUUGGGAGCAAGCAAGAAACUUGUAGAAAAUGUUCAAAACUUUGCUUAUAGUCCUGGAACAAGAGUGCAAGGAAGAAUAUUUCAUCACACGAGCAUCCAGCAGUCAUCUGUAAAAACUGCUGCUCAAAGCGUUCUGGACAGAAGGGAAAGGAAGGAAUAUCCACCACAUGUUCCAAAGGUAGAAAUUGAUGCUAGCAGAGUGCCCCCCUUUCAAAGAUCAGCCAACUUGCAAGAUGGAAGGUGUGACUCUGAUAUGGAGUUUGAGUCUGAAGUAAAGCGAAAAGUGCAACAGAAACGUCGUAGCAGUUCACAUGAAACUGAUUUAUUGAUACAUCAAUCAGCGCAAAAAUGCUUAGGCCACAGAGAGGAUUUGGAACACUCACAAAAUUGCACAUCCUGUGUGAAAGAGAAUAAAACAAAGGCAAAAUGCCCAAGCUGUAAAGAUUCACAAAGACUUUGCAAAUCAGCUGCAUCUAUGGCAGAAUCGUCUUUACUGUCAAGGCCAUCUAUCCAUCAACAUACAUCCGGAGAAAAGUCUAUAAACGCUGGAUUAAGUGCUAAGAAUUUUUACAGCUCUGCUGCUAACAUCAGGCCUCAAAUUGACAUUAUUUUGAAAAAUGAUUCUGUGAGGGUUACGCAGUGCACACCAAAUGGCAAAAUUGGACUUUCUGCAGAUUUAAAUACAGCCAAAGGUACGAGAAUGAUAAAGCUAAGGGGUGCAAGAUCAUCAGAACCAAGUGACCCAAUUGUAUUGUCUAGUGACGACGAAGACAAUGCCAGUACUGGAAGUACAAACCGUAUUGAGAGCAUCUCUCCGAGACCUGCUGAUUCAGCUUGUUCCUCUCCUGCUCCGUCAUCUGGGAAAGUAGAGGCAGCACUGAAGGAAAAUAGUUUCCUAUUGGAGAAUACAUUUUCUAAUACACCAUCUGUACCUGAUCCUAGCAUCAUAAUACCGAGAAAAGCAAAAAUGAAAGAUGAGUUUGGCAAUUCGGUCACAGAAAUAUCUGUUAAACGACGCAAAUAUUCUCCAUUAGAGAUUCAGUUUGAGUCAACACCAGUAACGUGUGAAAGUUUUAUCCUGUGCUGCCGAAAUGUACGAAUAGGAACAUUUUGCAGUGUUGUGGAAGAGCCUGUAGUGUUUUGUCUUGACUUCAUAAAGAUACGUCUAGAAGCUCUUCCUGGUGCUACAGAAGGGCAGGAAAUACAUUUAAAAGCAUCAGAUCUUACUAAAAGUGAAUGGUGCAGUGCUCGGAAACUCCCUGUAGUAUUUUUUCAAACUAUCCCUGCUACUUGUCAAAGUUUGCGAUCCCAUCUCAAAAUGAGUAGAGAUAAUGGCACUGGAUGGUAUGACUGUAGAUCUCCAAAUGUAGAUGAGCAGUAUAUUGUUUUAAUCUUUGAAGAUGCAUUGAAACCAAAAGAAAACAAUGUUCUUGAAGAUAUUCUGAAUGGUAUUGGUAUCAGGAAUAACCUCUCAAGAUUUCUUGUUAAAAUUCAAUUUGAAGAGGCCAACGGGAGGCUUGUUGCCUUCACAAAAAACAGCGAAGAAAUGACGUCGCUUCAAAAGGACAAUCUAAACAAAAGUGCUGUUUCUGAAACGCGGAUGAAAUUGCGUAGUGCAAAUUUGCAGUUCUACACUGGUGACGAAGAUGAAGUUGGAGAUACACAUACAGUCUUUGUCGGCCCGAUAGAAAAAUUAAUCGUUUAUCCACCUCCACCGGCUAAAGGUGGGAUAUCGGUCACCAAUGAAGAUCUCCAUUGUCUAAAUGAAGGGGAAUUUUUAAAUGAUGUAAUUAUAGAUUUCUACUUGAAGUAUUUGAUCCUUGAGAAACUACAGAAAGAUGCAGAUAGAAUACAUAUUUUCAGUUCCUUUUUCUAUAAGCGACUCAAUCAAAGGGAGAGAAGGAAUCUCCAAGACACUGCAAACCUAACAUUACAGCAAAGGAGGCAUGGAAGAGUGAAAACAUGGACUCGGCAUGUUGAUAUUUUUCAGAAAGACUUCAUUUUUGUUCCGCUUAACGAAGCUGCCCAUUGGUUUCUAGCAGUCAUAUGUUUCCCUGGAUUAGAAAAAGCAGAUCAUAUUGAUAAUCCUUACUACCAAGGACCCAUGACCACUUCUUCCUCUGCGUCCAUGGUAUCUGGGGAGAACAGCAGCUACUCUUCGAAUGAAAGUAAUUCAGAAACUUAUCUGCAAGCCAAUUCUUCCAAAUCAACCCCAAAGAAAACACCCAGCAAAAAGUCCACAAGCACAUCUCAUGACGUAAGCACAGGGACUGAUGAAAGUGACACUUCAGAACAUAGACGAAGUCCAUGUGUGGGAAGGCACAAUGUUAGAAAAAGUGAUCAAGGAUCUGGCAUUUCCCAGAAACAUAUUUACCAAGAAACACACUCGAAUACAAAAAAUGUAAAUGGAAUCACAAGUGAAAGUAAAAAUUCACUGAAGCAUGCAGAUGGUUUGCACAGAAUACAAAUAAGCUAUAGUGAGCCGCCAGAUGACCUGAAGAAAACAGCAGAAGAAUUCAUAGAUUCUGAUGAUCAAGAUAAUCUGGAUGAAAGCAGUGAUGAUGGAGACCUUGCAGAUGAAAAUUGUACUUCAGAAGCAGGGAAGUGGCAUCUGAAACCCACAUUCUGCAAGCAACCCUGUAUAUUGCUGAUGGACUCACUGAGAGGGCCUUCUCGCUCCACAGUAGUUAAGACACUACGAGAAUACCUUGAGGUAGAAUGGGAAGUCAGGAAAGGAAACAAAAGAAGUUUUUCCAAAGAUGUAAUGAAAGGUUCUAACCCCAGAGUUCCUCAGCAGAACAACUUCAGUGACUGUGGAGUAUACAUACUGCAGUAUGUGGAGAGCUUUUUUGAAAAUCCUAUCCUAAGUUUUGAUCUACCAAUGAAUUUGACUGACUGGUUUCCGCAACAAAGAAUGAAAACAAAGCGAGAAGAAAUUAGGAACCUUAUCCUUGCUUUACACGAACAACAAAACAAAGGACAGAAGGACCUUAACACAACACAGCCUGCUCCACAGGAGCGAACAGAACAGUUUAUCAGUAGUGGCUCAGACUGAAAUGUUUCAUCCGUUGCAUGCUACUCUACCAUCAAACAAUAAACCUGACGUCUGUUGCCUAUUUCGCAACCUACAGCGAGUGUCUGAAUCACUCAAAGCUCACAGAGCUGUUUGUGAAUGUCAACACUAGUGCAAAUGUUCGAAAAGGAUUAUUGUCCAAGCAGAUAUGUUAGGAAAAAAAUGUUCUGUAAAUAUAGUAAUGAGAUCAUUUCUUUUCAGUAUUUAUAAUGUCCACCCUCUUCCCUUUUUUAUUACCUGAUUCAUUAGGAGAGUUUAUGUAUUUCCCUUAACAGUACCUAAGUAACAAAAGUAUACAUCAAAUAAAAAUGUUAUUUAUAGGAUCACACGUUAAUGUGUAUAGUUAUUAAGUUAUGUGCUGCUUCCUUGGCACAUUCAACUUUCAUUUUCUUUUAUUUCUUUUAAUCCGUCCUUUUUUUUUUUUUUUUAUUCUUUAUGAAACUUUCUUUCACAGGAAAGCAUGUGUAACAGUCCUAGGUGUUGCUGAGACUUUUUACAUAAGAUUUUCUGAAUUGGCCUUUGGAAACUAAUUUUGGUGGACAAAGAGAUAUGGAUAAGGGAGUGCACUAAAGCUUAUUAAUAGGUAAAAGGGUUAUUUAAAUUAAAGUGCUUUGUUAUUCCCAGAGUUAGUGUACACAAGCAAAUACAUGCUGUUAUAAGUCCAUUUAAUUUUGUUGCUUUGUAUCAGUACACUAGUCUAUGUAAUUUAACUAUUUAUUUUGUAAGCAACCUCAUUGGAUGAGCAAUAGAUACAUUGGUACAAUGCAACAUAUCAGUCCUGGUAGCUUCUAUGCCAUGCUGGUACUAGAAAUCGGCCAACAUUUUUGAUAAAACUAGGACCAAAGCGGAUUAAGCAGAGUAGUAUCUAGUGUUUAUCUUUAGGAAAAUGCCACACAUGCACAAAAUUUCAAAUUGUAUACAAAAUAGACAUGUUUAAAAGUUGUUUUUUUAAAUUGACCAUUCUUGAGUACUGGGUAAAAUUGAAUUGAAAUAAUAGUUUGCAUACCCAAUAAUAUACUCACGGACACACAAUAUUAGUUCUUUGAUGUAGCCAAAUACUACUUUUUGUAUUUACAAAGCCUAGAAGGAUCUGAACAUACAGUUGAUCCAAUGGAAACAUGGGAUUUUUUGAAAAUUGUGCAAGAGCCCAAGGAAAAGAUGAUCAGAUGUUUAUGUUAACUUCUCUUUCAAUGUUUCUACUAUCACUGUUUUGCAUGUGACAGGCUCAUGGGUCUGCAAACUGGGAAACGUAUAAGUACACUCAAUGCAAGUGCUGAAAGAGGACUAUGCACUCUGCUGGACAUUUCAUUAUACCGCUAAAUAUGAAAGAUGUCUGUUUGUAAUCUUUGUGUGUUUUAUUUAUAUCUGUCUCUGAUGCACAAUAGAAUGUUUCUCUCAGUGCCUUGCAUCUGCUGUGUCAUCUAACAAGCCUAAAACACUGCCAGCUGUGUCACAUUCUCAUACAAAAAGAAAGUCUUAUAAAAAAGUGCUAAAAGUGCAGUCAUUUAUUCCUGUUCUGUAAAUAUUUAGACUGGUGAUGCGUACCAAUUGUAGCAGAAGUACUCGUUUGAUAUGUACAUUAAUUUCCACAGUUGGGUAGGGCAGUACACUUCUUUUGCUGUUUGUUUUGCUUCCAAUAUGGAAUGUGCAACAAAAUUAAGAUUAUAUAGAUUGCUCUUAGCAGAAAGUCAUGUUUCAGCUUUUCCUCCCCUUUCUUUUCUUUUCACAAUCUGUCAGGUCAAAAGAAUUUGAGAAAGAAAAAAAAAAAAACUAUUUAAGUUGUCUUUCAAUAAAUUAACUUCAAGAGCCUUUUUUUAACAUGUCUUUUAAGCUAUUGAGAAAUUAACAUACAUUUAGGAACAUGGUAAAUCUAACUUUAAAAUCAUAUUUUGGUGUUUACCGUUUGUGUUCUCAUAAUGUGCAAUAGAAACAAUGUUGUAAAGCCAAUGAAGAACCAGAGCUAUUUAGUGAAUUAACAUUUAGCCUAUGUAGCCUCGAUCAUCAUCUUUUUAGGCAAUGUUUCUGUCUUAUGUUAGACCACCAUUUAUUAUACAGGUUCUUGCAUUACUCCCAGGUCACAGAAAGUGCUGAUGUACAGCUAUAUUGGCACUAACGCGUUCUACUUGGUUGUAUUAACUGCUUCACAGGAAAAAUACUUUUGACAAUGAACAAGGAGAAAACACAAAAGUGUGUAUGAUCUUUGCACUAAUAUGCGCAAUAAAUGCCAAAAUAUACUUUUUAAGGUUUUUUUCACAUUAUGUUAAUACUCUUCUAUCUAGAGAACUGUGACUAUUCGGCUACAUACCCAUUAUUUAUUUUGAGUGUGUGAACAUCUUUUAAUACACAAUGGGAGCUAGUACUGCUCCAGAUCUCAGUUUCAUGAUUGAUGUUUGAAGUAGUUAUUUUUUUUUUUCCCUACCUUGUGGUUUAGGUCUGUGCUAGGCUGAUUCUUUAGAUAACAUAUUUAUUAUUUUUGAAAUAAAAAGAAUUGUUUAUAAAUA